GAGACGGGGUUACUAGCGGACAGCACCACACCCCGCGCACUCUCGUCUCUCAGCGUCUCUGCGUCGGCACGCAGACGCCGUGAGUCACGUCGUGUCGGAGCGCCGACACCGGCGGCAGCUACAUAGUAUCGGCGGCGGCGGCAGACGGCAGACCGAGCAGCCGCGCGGUGUUGCUUACAGAUUGCGCGUGGCGGGCGUUCGUGCCGGACCAAACGAGGAGCCGGGCAGUUGUUGCCGGUUUCAGGAAGCUGGUGGCGAGCGGGGCAACAAUGACGCUGAGAAGCCGCCGUGUUUCUGCUAAGUCUUUGGAUGAGGAUGAAAUGAGAUCUUCAGAGGUCCCUGGGGCGGACUGCGCCAGAUUGCUCAGUAAUGGAAAAGUAGAUGCUGACUAUGCAAUCAAUAAAAAGAUGCAACUGAAGCGGAAGGCUGAGCAAAUGAAGACUGAUUUAUUGAAACAGUUUGAUUCUCAUUUUAACCAUUUUGUGGACGAUUUGAUUGAAGAAUCUACCACCUUGGAACCCUCUGUUACUCCCUUCUUGUCUGCAUCCAUGACUAAAGAUCAUGCAGUUACGGCUAACAGACAGACAAGGGCACCCCCAGAAAAGGGAAAGCACUUCAUGUCUCGUCGAUCUCUGCUUGAUGAACUCUUCCAAGUGAAUCACAUCCGAACCAUUUAUCACAUGUUCAUCGCUUUACUGAUUCUGUUUAUUGUCAGUACCCUGGUGAUGGACUUCAUUGAUGAAGGAAGGCUGGUCCUUGACUUCGAUCUAUUGGUUUAUGCCUUUGGGAGGUUCCCAAUUGUCAUUUCCACUUGGAUUUGUAUGUUCCUGUCUACACUACUCAUUCCGUAUGGCUUAUUUCUGUUGUGGGCAUCAGGAUACCAGGCAGCAAAACACAAGGUUCUGCGGACAAUGUUCUGUGGUGCAUUGUUCCUGUCAUUUCAGACACUAGGAUUGUGGGCUGCCCCAGUUUAUACUGUCAUCCAUUUUCAGCUACCUCCUGCCUCCCGCUUCAUUGUUAUCUUGGAACAGGUCCGCCUGAUGAUGAAAGCACAUUCCUUUGUACGGGAGAACUACAGUAGAGUGGCAGUGAACAGAGAGAAAAAUAGUGGAAUUCAGCAGGUACCACAGUUUUCCCACUACCUCUACUUCCUUUUUGCUCCUACUCUCAUCUAUCGGGACAACUACCCCAGGAAUCCUACAAUUAGAUGGAGCUAUGUUGCUACAAAAUUUGCACAGGUGUUGGGCUGCCUAUUUUAUGCUUACUAUAUUUUUGUGCGACUUUGCAUUCCAUUGUUCCGAAACAUCAGCCAAGAACCAUUCAGCUUGAAAGUCCUGGUUCUUUGCAUUUUCAACUCCAUUUUACCAGGUGUGCUUGUGCUGUUCCUGGCUUUCUUUGCAUUUCUCCACUGUUGGCUAAAUGCCUUUGCUGAAAUGCUGCAGUUUGCUGACAGGAUGUUUUAUAAGGACUGGUGGAAUUCCACAUCCUUUGCAAACUAUUACCGGACCUGGAAUGUAGUGGUCCAUGACUGGCUGUACUAUUAUGCUUACAGAGACUUUCUCUGGUUGUUCACCCACCGGUUUAAAGCUGCAGCUAUGCUGUCAGUCUUCACGGUGUCGGCUGUGGUCCAUGAGUACGUGUUGGCUGUUUGCUUUGGUUUUUUCUAUCCAGUGCUCUUCUGCUUGUUCAUGUGCUUUGGAAUGGCUUUCAAUUUCGUCCUGCAUGACCGUCGGAAAGGGCCUGUUUGGAACGUGGUGAUGUGGACUUCGCUGUUCCUGGGUCAGGGCAUGUUGGUGUGUCUAUAUUCUCAGGAGUGGUAUGCCCAGCAGCACUGUCCUCUUACUAAUCCAUCCUUCUUGGAUUUGUUGAAACCCCGGUCUUGGACCUGCCGCUUAAAAUCAUAAUGGAAAGAAGCUACUGUCCUUGAAUCUACAGAAAACUGGGAACAUUUCUUCGGAUUGUGGCAGCACUUUUCAUAAACCAAAUGAAUGUUUUUCUUUCACCGGAUAGUGCCUGCUUCUUGUUCUGUCUGGGGUUCUGGUCAUAAAGUUGGACAUUUUUCUGAAACAUUAAUCACAGGACAAAUACCAAUUUAGUGCUACACAUACUGUAUUAAGUAUCAGACUUCUCUGUUUGGAGGUGGGAGGAAUGCCAAAAACAAAACACUGAAGAGGGACAUAAAGGUUUUUAAAAUUACUUCUCCUUCCCCUCACAUUGCCCCCACCAGCCAUACAAAAUGAAGAUAAAGUUGAAUUUGAAGGUUUACGUGUUACGAGCAAGGAUACAUGCAUAAAUAAGUGUAGAGGUUGUGUGUCAUUUUUAUAGUUCAAUACAACAGUGCAGCUUGAAGAUUAAAUGUUGUUUAGCACUGUAAUGCAUUUUGUGCCACAAAGAUGACAGCCAGAUUUGAGGCCAGCAUUCCUAUUGAUACGUUUCAUACCUUGAUUAGCAGCUCACAUGGAGAGAAGCUGCCAAUGUUUUGAGCCAGUGACUUUGCUGAGUAUUUCCAGCAAAUUCUACUUUUGUUUAAAAGUAUACUCCUCAGACCUCCUGAACAAAUGUUUCUGCACCUUACCCUUUUGUGUCAUAUCCAAUUAAACUUUUUUCAAUGCAUUCCAGUCAGGAAACUGGGAAUGAAAGUGGGACAUUACUCGUCUCAGUUAUACAUAUUUGCUUACUAUGCUAGAUUCACUUUGAUAGAUUUCAAAUACAAAUUGAUGGAAAACAGGAUGUACUGUAGGUGUUGGUGAAUAAUUUCACUAUUGACAAAGCAAAGUAUUUAUUUUAAAAUGGGAAUGAUUGUAAAUAAACUUUGAGUAUUCUUCUCAUGAUGUCUCUAGCAGCAAUUGGCUGUAUGCUCUGUUUCUGCACUCAUGGGUUUUCACCCUAGGACAGUAAUUGUUGAACUUAUUAAUAUGAAGGAAAAUAUUGUCAACAGCAGAAUUAAUUUUGACAAUGUAUUCUGUCUUAAAUCUAUGUAUUUAAAGUUCCAAAAUCCUGUCUGCUUGUUCAGUUGUGUCAAAUUGGCUGCACUAACCCAAUAGAACAAAAGUAUCCUGAAUCUAGUGUAGUAAGUUAUUUGUUAGAAGAAGUUAAGAUCUUGGAACAUUACGCAUUAAGUUUUGGUUAUGAAUCCAGAAAUUGAACCGAAAAACCUGCUAUUAAGCCGGAUCAAGAAAGUACCUCAUUUGAGUUGAGAGCCAAGAGAUAAUGGUGGCUGUUUAUUAUAAGAAACAUUUUUGUAUGCAUUUUAUUGUACUUUUUCUGUACUUUGUCCUGUUAAUUGAAUUCUUGGAUUGGAAGCAUAAUAAAUUGAACUCCCUAAUCUUUUCA